AUGGGAGCCACAUCCAGAGUUCUCCUCGUCCUAUGCCGUCUAGGAGAACUCGUCUGCGGAGCCGUCGUUCUCGGUCUUCUGGGGCAGGCCUUCACCUUGAUCAACAACGCCGGCGUGCUCGAGCCCGAGGGGCGACUGAUUUACACCGCUGUUGUGGCCUGUCUGACGAUACUUGACUCGUUAAUAUUCAUCGUCCCGUUUGCUUACUCGUACUGGUCAUUUUUACUGGACUUUAUACUGUUUCUUGCCGGCAUCCACACCUGCUCCUCUUUCUGGUUUAACAACUACUGGGGUUAUUACUGGGGCAGGUGGUAUGUCCGCGGGAAACCUGGCAUGGACAUCAACUGGACGGGCUGCAACGCGUAG